CUCAGCUGGGCUCCCGGAAAUCAACCUCAGGGGUCUGAGCUCCGUUCCUGGGCGUUUUCCUCCUAGGAGGGGCCUCAGGAAAAUCGGGGCUGCCCAGCUGGUUCUGUAACUCCCCCCAGUUCUGAGGGAGGCUUCAGGGGAUUACAGACGGUCUCAAGAGGGCGGCUCAGCCAGUCCCGGGGCCCCUGAAUCCCCAUCAGGCCGCUCAGGCCCAGCCCAUGGAGGACUCCAGCGAGGACCCCACCACGUUUGCUGCCCACUCUCUGCCCAGUGACCCCCGUCUCUUGGCCACUGUGACCAACGCAUACCUGGGCACACGAGUGUUUCAUGACACGCUGCACGUGAGCGGCGUGUACAAUGGGGCUGGCGGGGACACGCACCGGGCCGUGCUGCCCAGCCCCCUCAACGUCCAGCUGGAGGCCCCUGCAGGGAUGGGGGAGCCGCUGACCGAGACCUUUGCCCUAGACACCAACACAGGCUCCUUUCUUCACACCCUGGAGGGCCCCCACUUCCGGGCCUCGCAGUGCAUCUAUGCGCACCGCACACUGCCGCACGUCCUGGCUUUCCGUGUGUCCAUCGCCCGCCUGUCCCCGGGGAGCGGGCCCAUCACGCUGCUGCUGUCCUCAGCCUUCUCCCCGGAAAGCCCAGACCUGGACCUGCACCAGGGUCCUGACUUUCAGGGAGCCCGGUACCUGUAUGGCCACACGCUCACCCCUGAGCAGCCCGGGGGGCCACAGCAGGAGGUACACAUGCUGUGGACACCAGCACCCCCAGACCUGACCCUUGGGGAAGGUGAGGAGGAAAGGACAUGGGACUUCCUGACGGUGGUGGGCGGCAGCCGGGCUGAGGCUCAGGCCUGCCUCACUGAGGCCCUGCAGCUGCAGGCCAGGGGAGCUCUGUACACGGCUCACGCACAGGCCUGGGCCCAACUCUGGGCAGAAUGUGGCUUGGACAUGGUGGGGCCCCUGCCGCUGCGCCAGGCCCUGCGUGGCUCCCUCUACUACCUGCUCAGUGCCCUACCCCAGCCCAAGGCCCCAGGAUACAUCUGCCAUGGCCUCAGUCCUGGGGGCCUCUCCAAUGGGAGCCGUGAGGAAUGCUACUGGGGCCACGUCUUCUGGGACCAGGACCUCUGGAUGUUCCCGAAUAUCCUGAUGUUCCACCCCGAAGCCGCCAGGGCCAUCCUGGAGUACCGCAUCCGCACGCUGGGCGGGGCCCUGGGGAAUGCCCAGAACCUGGGCUACCAGGGAGCCAAGUUUGCCUGGGAGAGUGCAGGCUCCGGCCUGGAGGUUUGCCCUGAGGACAUUUACGGAGCCCAGGAGGUCCAUGUCAACGGGGCCGUGGUGUUGGCCUUCGAGCUGUACUACCAUACCACCCAGGACCUGCAGCUCUUUCGAGAGGCUGGUGGCUGGGACGUGGUCAGGGCUGUGGCCGAGUUUUGGUGCAGUCGUGUGGAGUGGAGCCCCAGGGAGGAGAAGUACCACCUGAGGGGAGUCAUGUCCCCCGACGAGUACCAUUCAGGGGUCAACAACUCUGUGUACACCAACGUCCUGGUCCAGAACAGCCUGCGUUUUGCUGCUGCCCUGGCCCAGGACCUGGGUCUGCCCGUCCCCAGCCAGUGGCUGGCAGUGGCUGACAAGAUCAAGGUACCCUUUGACGUGGAGCAGAACUUCCACCCGGAGUUCGAUGGGUAUGAGCCUGGAGAGGUGGUGAAGCAGGCAGAUGUCGUGCUCCUGGGAUACCCCGUCCCCUUCUCCGUGAGUCCUGAUGUUCGCAGGAAAAACCUGGAGAUUUACGAGGCUGUGACAUCCCCCCAGGGCCCCGCCAUGACCUGGAGCAUGUUUGCUGUGGGCUGGAUGGAGCUGAAGGACACAGCGCGGGCCCGGGGCCUCCUGGAC